GUUGGCUGCGUACCUGAGAUUUAAAUAAGAUUUCGGCGCGCGUAAGAUACCGAGCCACUUUUUCUGUCAGUUCCCGGGGACUUUUAGAAUUUUGUAAAUCUUAUGUUUCCAUAGACGGUUCGUUUUAGUAUCAAAAGAAAUACUAACACGCGAACACCAAAAAAUAUUCAAGGGCCUUUGUCAGUUAUCGUUUCAUACUUACUACCAUGGUUUUGCUUUCGUUUAUUUGAUUAGGCCCCCAGAUAACGCAUUGUGUUUUAAAAGGUAAAAAAAAAUCUUCGUCCUUCACUUUUUCGACCUACAUUUCGAGCAAUUUGUUAAUUUAUGUUCGUGUGAGUGUUAUCCUCUUCCAAAGCUCUGAUGAUGGCAAACGCAAAUCCCCCAGUGGUUGCUCCAGUGAUAAAUCCGCCAGUUAUCAUUAACCAACCUGUAUCCAGAGGCUAUGGAGCUCCCACCUCAACUGGUGCUGUGCGAUGGAGCACUGGUAUCAUGGCAAUGUGUGAUGACAUAGGAAUCUGUCUCUUUGGAUGCUUCUGCCCUUGCUGCCUUGCUGCUCAGGUAGCUCACGCAUUUGGGGAAUGUUUCAUCUUGGGCUGCAUGCCGUGUGCUCACUGUGCGCUCCGCACAGGAAUGCGUGAGCGCUACACCAUUCCGGGCUCUUUAAUCAAUGACUGCUGCAUUAUGACUUUUUGUAGUUCCUGUGCCAUCUGUCAGAUGCAAAGAGAAAUCAAGAUAAGAACAAUGCUCAUUAUACGGUGACUAUAUCAGAAGGUGACUGUUAAACUGACCAUCAUUAAAGACAAAGCAAUUAUGCUGCUAUUUAUUUA